AUGGUUAAUUUAAGGUUUUUGGGCGGAUAUCUCAAAGAGUUGACACAAAAUGUGUUUGGAUUGAGGAGUAAAUGCCAGAGUACUCGACGACUUGACGGUCAGGUUGUGGUGAUAACCGGUGCCAACACUGGUAUCGGCAAAGAGACUGCACUUCAACUGUCACUUCGAGGAGCAAAGAUAAUCAUCGGAUGCCGUGAUGUGAACAAAGCUAACGGUGCCGUCGAUGAGAUACGUGCGAAGAACCCAAACGCCAACUUAAAUGUACUAAAACUGGAUUUGUCUUCAUUGGCAUCGGUUCGCGAGUUUGCGAAGAAUGUGUCACUAAAUGAGUCCAAUAUAGACAUACUUAUCAAUAACGCUGGGGUCGGGAUGUGUCCCGAAUGGCAGACCAAAUUCAUUGGCAUCGACAUACUUAUCAAUAACGCUGGGGUCGGGAUGUGUCCCGAAUGGCAGACCAAAGAGGGCUAUGAAAUGCAGUUCGGGACCAAUCAUCUAGGUCACUUUCUACUGACUCUAUCACUGUUACCACUGUUGCAAAAAUCACCCAAAGCUCGAGUAAUAACGGUGUCGUCCAAUACACAUAAAUUAGCGACAAUUAACUUUGAAAACAUAAACCUAAGGAACGGUGUCUAUAAUGGUUUGACGGCAUACACUCAGAGCAAACUGUCCAAUGUACUAUUCACACGAGAACUGGCCCGAAGGUUGGGUCCCAACAGCACCGUCACCACAUAUGUCUUACACCCGGGAACUAUCAAAACUGAAAUGUCCCGUAAUAUGGAGAGUGGGAAAGCCGUGUACGAUAUGUUCACCACUUUAUUCUACUUAAGACCAGAUAUGGGAUGUCAGACAACACUGUAUUGCGCUCUCGAGGAAAGUCUCGACAAUGAAUCCGGAUUUUUCUAUAAUAACUGCCGGCGCGACGAGUUGUGGGACAACGGAAAGGAUGAUAAAAGCGCUAAACUGUUGUGGGAUUUGAGCUGCGAUUUAAGCACUCGACAACUUGAUGGUCAGGUUGUGGUGAUAACCGGUGCCAACACUGGUAUCGGUAAAGAGACUGCACUUCAACUGUCACUUCGAGGAGCGAAAAUAAUAAUUGGCUGUCGAGAUAUGAGUAAAGCUAACGGUGCUAUUGAUGAUAUUCGAGCCAAGAAUCCAAAGGCAAACAUAAUUGCAAUAAAACUGGAUUUGUCUUCAUUGGCAUCGGUUCGCGAGUUUGCGAAGAAUGUGUCACAAAAUGAGUCCAAUAUAGACAUACUUAUCAAUAACGCGGGGAUUGGGAUGUGUCCCGAAUGGCAGACCAAAGAUGGAUUUGAAAUGCAAUUCGGAACCAAUCAUCUAGGUCACUUUCUACUGACUCUCUCACUGUUACCACUGUUGCAAAAGUCACCCAAAGCUAGGGUUAUAACCGUGUCGUCCAAUACCCAUAAACUGGCAAAAAUCGAUUUCGAAAACAUAAACCUACGAAACGGCGCCUACUCUACAAUGAAAGCCUACAAACAGAGCAAAUUGUCCGGUGUUUUGUUCAUCCGAGAACUGGCCAAACGGUUGGGCCCAUCGAGUACUGUCACCACUUAUGUCUUACAUCCGGGAACUAUUAAAUCGGACCUCUCGAGGAAUAUGGAGAGUGGGAAAGCAUUGUAUGGUUUGUUGACAACUUUACUCUACAUAAAGCCUGAUAUGGGAUGUCAGACAACACUGUAUUGCGCUCUCGAGGAAAGUCUCGACAAUGAAUCUGGAUUUUUCUAUAACAAUUGUCUUCGCGACGCCUUAUGGGCCAACGGAACGGAUGAUAAAAGUGCUGAAAGACUAUGGAAUCUAAGCUGCGAUUUGGUUCAACUCGAAGAUCACCUCAAACUUCCCUCAAAAGUCACUAACGCCUGGGAUAACAAAUGA